AUGCGGCUCCAUACUGGGCUGAUUAUACUUCUUUAUGCUGUCAAGCAAUCCCUUGCCUUAAACGACGAUGAUAAUCACGGCAAAGAUAAAGUUAUGACGAGGCUCUCCUCAAUAAACGAGAAUACUCCUGACCUAGAGGAGGUCACAUUCACUUGGACCGGCGUUAUCAAGAGCAUGUUUGCCGACGAGAAGGAUACGUGCCUCACUCUUGACAUCCUAGGCCUCGAUGGGCCCGGCAUGAUAAGGUACCCCCAAAUUGGGACUCGUGUCGGUGUUUAUAAAUGUCCCUCGAGCGUUGCCAACGCCCCGGCUUAUCAGAAAUGGUUUAUCAAGGGGAGAUUGGUUGAGGGUGUCGAUGUCGAACCUGUCUUUGAAGGAUUGAUUCGGACCAACCAAGUAACUAUGUAUGGCAAACGGCUUUGUCUGGCGGGUCGUAUGGACCCAGGGAGGACGCCUCUAUCACUAUACGAUGCAGAGGAACGGCACGCACAGGCGAAGUUUUUCAAUUGGGAAGAUAUGCAGGGUGUUGAUGUACACCCAAUGUUCUGGAAUCACAAUAAAUGGUUUACAUCAUGGGGGGUGGUAUACGUCGAUGAAUGCCGGCCAGGUGACCACACACAGGCUUGGCAUAUUGGGUUAUCACCGGACAGGGAUAACAGAAGAAGGUACCCCGAUGACCCAAAGAAGUGGACUUGGAUCCGGCCCAAAGGGAUGCCAUCGACCCCGUGCGAAUCACCUCCAAACCGGGACCCAAGUAAGAGGGAUGGAGAACAACCUGAGGCCCUAUGCAUUCACCGAACCGAUUCUAAAUGUAAACCAAACUAUCCUUAUCAUCCGGGCUUGAUGCGCCCAUAUAUCGCACCAGAAAGAGUUAAAGAACAAGAAUCAGUCCAAUGGGUAAUGCUCGGAUGCUCCCCUUCGAAUUGGAUGCUUCAACAUAACUUUGCUUUGUUGGAUAGUGGAUCGGGCGACAUUAGAGAUAGCGUGAUAGGAGACAGAAUUAAGGAUCCUCGUAUUCCACCAAAGUACGUUGAUGCUGACUACCUAGAUGUUCAUCUCCGAGAUGGCCAAGGCAGCUACUCGCCUGUUGGAAAAGAGCAUCCGAACUUCCAUAGAUUUUAG